CCAGGGAGUCUCCACCACUGAAUUACCACUCUUACAAUGAAGUCUGAUUUGAAACUCCUUUUUUUCAUUUUCAGUACUAUUGAGGUCACUUUCCCUGUGGAUUAUUGUCCAACUCAUUGUCGGUGUGACUGGAACAUCCAUAGUGUGUCAUGUUUUGGAGUUAGGUUCAUGCCUGUUUUCCAUUCCAGCACACAGGAGGUGUGGCUUGUGGGGACAACACUGUCUUCUAUUUCUCAGAAUGCCUUUGCCAACUUGGCCAACAUUUCUCACAUAUCCAUCUCUGAUGAUGAUACUUUAAGAUACCUUGAGAGGUAUUCCUUCCACAACCUGUCCAGGGUUACCCACAUACAACUAACUGGUAUCAGAAGACUUUCAUACAUUGACCAAGAGGCAUUUAAGGAUCUACCUAAUUUAAAGUACCUUGGGAUCACCAACACAGGUCUCACAUCCUUACCUGGGCUACAAUAUAUUCAGUCCUGCCAGAAGGAUUUUAUUUUGGAGAUAGUGGAGAAUGUCUUCAUCCAAGUUAUACCAGCCAAUUCUUUCACGGGAAUAUCUGAGAAUGCUCUGACCAUAAUGAUGAAUAGCAAUGGCAUAAAAGAGAUCCAGCGCUAUGCCUUCAAUGGGAGCAGCCUGGAGGAAGUGUAUCUUCACAGGAAUGUGGAUUUGGAACGUAUAGAUGAAUUUGCAUUUUAUGGUGUGAUUCGUGGCCCAACUCACUUAGACCUUUCAGAAACCAAAGUUAGCUCUUUGCCUUCAAUAGGUAUGGAAUCUGUUGAAAAGCUCCAAGCUAAAAACACUUGGGCCCUCACAGCACUACCCCCCUUUCAAGCCUUUCUCCAUUUACAGAGUGCUGAAUUGACUUUCCCAAGCCAUUGUUGUGGUCUUAAAAUGUUGAAAAGAUGGAGAGGACACUCUGAGGCAAUUAUCUGCAACCUGACCCGGACUGUUUUGGGAAAUCUGCAGGAAUCCCCUGCAGCUCUCUCUCAGAGUUAUCUGGGACACAAAAUCUACCAACAUCUGAAAGACCGCUUUAGUCUCCCAACUGCUGCCAGUACAAAUGACAAUCCUUACUACAACAGCCCCAUUUGCCCCACCGAACAGUCUCAAAAUGAGGGUUUGUUUUAUGUGGAGUUACCUACAGAGCAUCUCAAUGAAGGUUUCAACUUUGCACUAUGUAAUGAACUUCACACAGAUAAUCAUGGACUCUUAUGCAACCCCUUGCCUGAUGCACUGAACCCCUGUGAGGAUGUAAUGAGUCAAGGCUUCCUGAGGAUGUUGGUCUGGGUGGUCAGUCUUUUAGCAAUUUCAGCCAACCUUCUUGUGAUGUUCAUCCUGCUGACCAGCCGACAGAAGUUGUCCGUUACUCGUUUCCUCAUUGGUCACCUGGCAUUUGCAGAUUUUUGUAUGGGGAUGUACUUACUGCUGAUUGCAUCUGUCGACGUCUACACCCGCUCCUAUUAUUACCAUUAUGCUAUUGCUUGGCAAACAGGAAGGGGCUGCAAUCUAGCAGGGACAUUAUCAGUGUUUGCCAGCGAGCUAUCUGUAUACACAUUGACUUCAAUCAGCUUUCAGCGCUGGCAUGUUAUCUUCUACGCAAUGAGGCCAAACAGAAAAAUGAGGUUACGGCAUGUAGCUGUGCUGAUGCUCGUUGGCUGGUUGCUGUGUGUGACUGUAGCACUGCUGCCAGUGGUUGGUGUGAACAGUUACCAGAAAGUGAGCAUCUGCUUACCCAUGGACACUAGAACAACUGCUGCUCAGGCCUAUGUGGUCUCUGUCCUGAUGGCUAAUGUGAUAGCUUUUAUGGUGGUAUGUUUAUGUUACCUCCACAUCUACUGUAUGGUGCACAAACCCCGGCACCAGUCCAGCAGAUGUGAUACCAGCAUGGCCAAACGCAUGGCUGUUCUUAUUUUUACCAACUUUCUCUGUCUGGCUCCCAUUUGCUUCUAUGGCUUGUCUGCAGCUCUCCACCAACCAUUGAUGACUUUCACAGAUUCCAAGGUGCUGCUGGUGCUUUUCUAUCCUCUCAACUCUUGUGCACAUCCAUUUUUUUAUGCUAUCCUGACAAAGGCAUUUCACAGAGACAUCCUGAUGUUGCUGAGCCGGAUGGGGCUGUGCCAGCAGCAAGCACAUCUCUAUUGAAGCCAACUUGUCGGUAUUACUCCCCACAUAUACAACAAUGUCUGACCUGCAGUCCAGCCCCCACAUCCCAAGACGUUCAAGUGCAGGAAGCACCAGGGUACAAGAUGCCACAAAACUGCUUUGAAAUUUGAUUGUUUUCAAAAAAAAAUUCUUGUAGAUUUAAAAAGCAUCACUUGUUAUAUUUAUAGUAACCUAACCAUUAUACAGCAUGCCAUGGUUUUUUAGAAUUUUUGAUCUAUUAAUUUCAUAGAUCAAAAGUAAGUAAGUACCUGGAUACCUCUAAAAAGGUGGUUUUAUUUAUAGUUGUUUAAUUUUAUAAUACUUAAACUAUACUUUAAAUGUGCGUUAUUCAGCUUCAUUCAACGUAUAGCCUAUACUGUAUAAUAUCAUCAACUUAAUCAUCUGUAAAUUAGUAUCUGUAGACUAGUCCUUAUUAUGUCUUAUUCUGGUUUUAAUAACAUAACCUGGUUAAUUAUAUCCCUGUGUGAUUAGAUUAAAUUUAUCAGUACAUGUGUUGUUUAAAAGUAGCUUUCUGGUAUUUUUGACUGUCUUCCUGUGUUUUGUGCUGCAACUUGCCCUUGUGUUUGUAACUGAACAUUUCCUAUCUGUAGGGGCAGUAGGUAGACUGACAACAAAUCCAGGUUAAUUUAAAGUUACUUUCUAUUAAGUUUAUAUUAAAUAUGAAACAUGGAUAAACAUUUACUACAUGUGUUGUGACUCCUGUUCAGACUACUCUCCUAAAAGGUCAGUAGUCUGAAUCAUGCCGCAUCAUCCUUGGGCAAUUUAAGCAUGACAUUUAGAGCUUUCAGACGAAACAACCUGGCUACUGGUCUAGUCAGCCAGCCAGCCAGCCUGUGUAACAUUGCCUUGCAUCAUUGCCGGAAUAAGUGGAUGUAGGCAGUGCAUAUACUAUACAUGUACUAUAGGAGAGGACACAAGAGAGAUAAAUGCUACUUUCUGUCAGAGUUUGACGGAUGGUGACCUUUGACCCCCCCACCCCUGAGAGGAUGUGGGUGUAGCUACCGUAAACCAAUAUGAAAGUCCCAGGUGUGGUUUACCAUGGACCAAUGAGGGAGGACAGGGUGUAGUUUGACUGGGUAGUCAUUAUUAUUUUUAGAUUAUUCAAUUAAUGAGGGAAGUUGAAUGUAUUAAAUAAUCUGUAUCCAUGUGAUGCAGUUUCUGGUUUUGUUGCUGAAGUAGCAUUGCAUUAGCACACUCUCCCACUCUCUGUCUCACAUGAAUAAUUCAUCAAAUAGACAGCACUGUAGUGAACCUACACUUUGUUAAUAAAAUUACGACUAUUAAUACCUGGAAAUAUUAAUCUCAUAAGCACUCAUUCAAAAGGGGCACCACUCAGCUUUUGGGAAGGAACUGAGAAAACUUAUUAAUCACUUUAUUAAUCAAUCUAAUUUCUAAGGUGUGAUAAGAUGAAUAUAUAUUUCUAAACUACAGGAUAGUGUUGUAGUACUCGAGACCAGUCUUGGUCUCGAGACCGGUCUUAAGACCACUUUUGAUGGUCUUGGUCUCGUCUCGGACAUUUGUACUCUGUUUUGUCUCAGGCUCGGACAUUGAGGACUUUAUUUCAAGACCAGUCAAGACCAUAACUUUGGGAAUAUCAAUAAAUUGCUUUUUGCAUUGUCUGA